GCUGCUAUUCCAUAAUAUUACACUACACAUCUCAAAGCUCAUCAUUACAGCUUUCAACAAGCUAUGGGAUUGAUAGCGAUUUCACAUGCCUACCUUGCCUCUCACUUGACCAAUAGGAUUUCGGAUUGCAGCACGUGCACUGCCAGGGAUCCUCACUCGUUUUCAGUAGUAGUGGUGCCUUCGCCUCACUGGGUGUGAAAGACGUUGCCCCAUGGAAUGCACUGGAUUGAGUAUGGAUUUUGGACUGUUAUGUGACAAUUGAGCAUAGAGGGAGAGGGAGAGGGAGAGGAAGAGGAGAAGAGGAAGAGAAACAAGGGAGAAGUGUGGGGACAGGAGGAGAGUAAGACGGGAAAAAAACGGCCAGGGAGAUGGGAAACAUAAACAAAGCUUCUAAAAAGAACAGUAAAAGGAAGACGGGGGAGUCGCCCAUUGGACAAAGCGGCACCCCAUUGGCUGCCGCCAUGCUGGGGGGCCUGGGGGGUGCAGGUGAGGUAGACACGGAUGACGAGGAUGAAGGAGGGAGCGAGCGGGACUUUGAUGAGCCCCUGUGCGCUCUGGUUAAGAACUGCAACAUGCUGCACCACUUAGUGGGGCCUGCUUGUAUCUUCCUCAGACAGAGCUUCGCACAGAGCCAGCUUGACAGAGAUCUACGACCAGAGGAAAUGGAAGAGCUGCGUGAGGCAUUCAGGGAGUUUGACAAAGACAAGGAUGGCUUCAUCAGCUGUAAGGACCUGGGCGAGUGCAUGAGGACUAUGGGAUACAUGCCGACAGAGAUGGAACUGAUAGAACUCAGCCAGCAGAUCUGUGGCGGCAAAGUGGACUUUGAGGACUUUGUGGAACUGAUGGGUCCCAAAAUGCUCGCUGAGACUGCAGACAUGAUUGGAGUCAAGGAGCUGAGGGACGCCUUCAAAGAGUUUGACUCUGAUGGCGAUGGCCAGAUCAGCCUUGGGGAGCUGAGGGAAGCCAUGAAGAAGCUAAUGGGGGAGCAGCUAAACCACCGCGAGAUAGACGAGAUCCUGCGAGACAUUGACCUCAACGGGGACGGACAGGUGGACUUUGAAGAGUUUGUGCGAAUGAUGUCUCGCUGACUCAAUUGCACUAAACAGAACAUGGACCAGGCUGCACACUGUUAAUGUUCUUGUAAUUCUUCUAAUCUUGAUGUACACAGACUUAUUGGUGUCUGUAGUUUUUUUCAGUUUUCAGUUACUUCCAUCAUCUCUCAAGUAUAAGAGAAUCCCUUCAAUGUGUUACUGUUGUAUGAAAUGUAAUAUGUAUUUAACAUGUAAUGAGAGAUUAUAGAGUCAUGACUCAGCAGGGAGAUGGUUUAAACAAAGUUUCUCUUUGGAAAUGAUUUAAAUUUGAAAAUAUUUGAACUGAGAAAUAGUAGCAGUAUAUAUUUGGGAUUGGAACACGCACUGAUAGAAUUUGGGAUGGACUCGCGAUGCAUCGUUUCUAAAGUCUUUGCAUCGGUUAAAUCUGAUUUAUUUAUAUUAUUAUUAGUAGAAAGCCUGUGCCUUUUAUUAUUCUCUCUAAACUGUUUCACUGUCUCGGGUGAGCUGUUUCAUCUCCGCUGCUAUGGCCAACUGCGCUGGGGCCGAUGUGUGUCCGACAGCGUCACAUUAGAGAUUAACAGGGAGCAGCUAGGGCUACAUGUUCUAACAAAUUCCUAAAAAUCACUGCCAGCUUCCCUUUACCUGUACACUCUGCCAUUUCUCCUCUACUCUUCCCUUGUGUCACUGAGCGCUGAGUGUCAGACCUCCCUGCACACACGCACACACACGCACACACACAAACAGACAUACCUGCAUUUAUGUUGUUUUGUUACUAAGACUAUCGCACAUACACACAUCGCGUUUUUGUCAAGCUUCACAUAAGCUUACAUUAUGAAAAUGACCUGGCGACGCUGAUUCCAAUAACUAUAGUAACUCACAGCUAAAGCGUAAGCGCAGAGAGUGAGACGCUGUGCUGCUCUGCUCACAGUGAUAUUUUGGAUGUCAUCGAUGACAUGACAUGACAUGAGGACAACUGUGAGAAGGUCCACUUUUGGUAAUGCAUGAGACUGAGACAAAGUGAGAAACCCUGUAUGCAGUGGUGGCUAAAGUAAAAGUAGCCUACAAAUACUCAAGUAGAAGUCAAAAUUACCAUUUGAGAAACAAACAGUAAGUAACAAGUAACAGUAGACAGGAUUCAGAUUAAUUGAUAUACGAAAAUAAAUUCUGUUUCAAAUUUGUUCUUUAUAGCCCAAAUAUGCUUUUAAUACGCUUUCAAUGGAAGUGUAUAGUAGUAUUUCUGCCAACUGGUCAAAGCGCUAUGAAGGCUGCCGGCAGGAAGAAACAAAGAAAUAAAAUCAAACUCUCUGUAUCAUAUUGAAUUGCAUAGCAUUAUAUUCUUUUGCAUUGCAUCAUAUUGCAUCGUAUCGCAUUGAAUCGCGUUGUGUUGUAUUGAAACAGUUGAAUCCCACUGCAUCACAGUAGGGCUGGAUCGUAUCGCAUUGGUAUUUGCUGCAUAUGUAGCUUUAAUGUAUCGGAUCGUUGGCAAUGCAUUGAGAUGUAUCACAUCGGCCUCAGACCCGGAGAUGAACAUCAAGUUAAAAUUAGGAGUUAGUUUUAGAAUGAGACUCUAUUUCAGGUGAUCAAUUGCCCUGUUAAGAUUUCCGAGAUUUCUUUUCCCAAGUAAUUUGUGCAAAAUGACCUUUUAAAUAUGCAGUUUACUACAUUACCUAACUUGAAUCUGAAGUUGCAUGUAACAUUAAUAUGAGGAUUUAUUAUCAAGAUUUCAAUAAUGCCAAAUCUAAAAUCUUCAAUUCAGACUUGAAUUUUAAUGCUAUGACUGUGUGUUGUGUAAUUGUAGUGUAGAUAGCAGAAGUGAAAGGAGAUUAUACAUACACCUUUAUUGUGCAAACUACCAUGUAAGGUCAUAGCAAUUACUGUUGCAUUACAUUCUGUUCAGCACAUUUGAUAUAAUUUAAACAAUGCAGUCAAAUAAAAUUCUUGCAGAUACUAAGAACUUGCAGACAUUUUCAGAAUCAAACAUCUUUUUGAUACAGAUUUGAUAACACUUAACAGGAUGAUGUUUGGUGUCUGCGACAUAUCUGUGCACAUUAUGUUCUGUUUCCCUAUUCAGGUGGACUUUUAUCGACAGACUUUAGUCUGUCGAUAAAGACUAUGCAGACAUAGACUAUGCAGUCAUAUAUACAUGUUCAAUGUUUUAUUUGGACAGGGUUCAACGAGUCAGAUCUUUUAAAAAUGCAUUGUAAAUAUAAAAAAGUGACAAUAAAGAGUGACAAUAAAGUUUUCACUGACCAGA